AUCGUUUCCUUUCUUCGCAGGGCAGUUUUCCUCUUCCUUUCUCCUCCCCCAAUAAUUUCCUCUCUUCCUCUCUCUCUCUCUGAGGAUUUGGCUCUUGGAACGGUGGGUAGUGGUGAAGAAUCUGUUGCCAUGGCGAAAAGCUCCUUCAAGAUGGAACACCCUCUCGAAAGAAGGCAGGCAGAAGCUGCUCGUAUCAGGGACAAGUAUCCAGAUAGAAUACCGGUGAUUGUGGAACGAGCUGAAAGGAGUGACAUCCCUGACAUUGAUAAGAAAAAAUACCUGGUUCCUGCUGAUCUGACUGUCGGGCAGUUCGUGUAUGUGGUGCGGAAGAGGAUCAAGCUCAGUCCUGAAAAGGCUAUCUUCAUCUUUGUCAAGAACACCUUGCCUCCCACUGCGGCGUUGAUGUCGGCAAUCUACGAGGAGAACAAGGACGAGGACGGGUUCCUUUACAUGACCUACAGCGGGGAGAACACGUUCGGAUUGCCUUGAGUUGGCCGGAUGAAUGUGCACAGGACAUGAGUUGCCGGAAAAAAGAAGGUAUAAAAGACGUAAAAACUUGGGUCAGUUAAGCUGUAAAUUCUUGGGGCUUUCAGUUGUGAUCUGUGUGCAGACUGUUAUUGUAUAUUUUUAAGUUGAACAGCAGACUUGAUUACAAUGCCGCAAAUAACUAGCAUCUCCGUUAAUACUGUUGUGGUUUAUGCUUCUUGGCCCGUUUGAUUUUCACGUAUCUACUCUUGAAUUUGUGUAAACAGCCAUUUUACUAUAGUAUGGAGACAUACGUCUCUUUCAUAACCAUCUUGAAACGGGGAGAACUUUCA